CCAAUAAGUGAAAUAAUAUUCUUUGUCAACUAUUAUGACAGAAACUUCAGAUAAUACAUUCGUAAUUAACAGAAAAUGUAUUGCUGUAAUAAGAAUUCCUAUCUGCAGCUGCAAUGCGGUUCUAUCAAACCUGAAACUAUCAACAGAUUGGUCAGAAAAGCUAGAAAGUUCGCAACAGAGCCGGAUCCUCAUGAUAGUUUACCUCCUCUGAAUAGAUUAUGUUCUGAGCAGCCAGUUCAUCUGGUGGAAGAAGUCGACUUCACGAGGAGAUCAUGUGGUUUUGGAAGGAAAGCCCUGAAAUUAUUGAAAAAUUAUCUGCUUUCGUUCGAUAAAGAUGUUAUAUUGAAGACAGUGUCCACUCUCGGCGAUAUGGCAAUGGAUCCUGAGAAAGCAAUUCAGAUAGUACAUGCCAGAAUUCCAAAAAAAUUAUCAAAUUUACUGGAAAAGAAGGAUUCUUCCAUAACUGAGAGAGUUUGUAUCACAUUCGCUAAAUUAGCUAUCGUUCCCGAAGGAAAAUUGGCCCUGACGAUGGAUGAAGACAUAAUCUAUAGCCUACAAAUGCUUCUAGAGGAAGAAACACAUCCAUCAACUCUAGAGCAAUUGGGGCACUGUUUAGAAAAUAUUUCAACUUUCGUUACAACCGCUGACGAACUAGUGGAUCAAGGCUUCAUCUUAUCUAUUCUAAAAGUAGUUGCAAGAGAAGUCGACGAUGUAGUGGUUGUGCUCCUGUCCACGUUGAAGAACUUGAUGUAUGGUAACGGAAAUUACAUUGCUAUGGAAUAUGGAGCUUUUGCGAUCAUGAUGCAGAUGCUGAAUAGGAUGGACCAGAGAGUGCAUAUAAGUGCACUUAACUGUCUCAUGAUGAUGAUCUCAACCCCCUUAGGAAAACAAUUGGCGUUGGAUAGUUAUCUGGUGCACCGCCUUAAUGAAAUGCUGGGCCAAUCUAAGAAUGUUGAGCUUGAUGCAGCUAUCGCUUCUGUGUUAAUGUUCGCAACCAUGACGGUAGAAGCAAAAUUUCGAGCCUGCAAAAUCAAAACAUUGCUGCCGAGACUAAUGAAAAUUUGUCGAAAUCCUUUACAUCCUUCUGUACAAAUAUUUGCUUUCCAGACGUUGUUGAAUUUAUCGACCCAUUUCGAACUUCGAGCUGUUAUGCAAAAGAAAUAUAUUGCAUUAUUAAGAAAAACUAAAUGCUCAACUUCUUUCAUAUCUGCAAUGAAAGAGAGUCUUCUUCAAGAUUUAAGUGCACCUUCUUAAAAUGUAAGAUUAAACAAAUCGUAUUCAUAGAGAACAUAUUAUAACUAUUUAAUACUCAGUCAAUAAUGAAUCUUAAUUUUUAACUGUACUAUAUUACUACAUACUUACUUUGUAUUAUAUACCUAUAUAAUAUAUUAUUAAUCGAUAAAA